AUGUCGGAAUUCUCACUCACCGCCGUCUUCCCAUCGUUGCCACGGACCCAGCGGGGUUCUGCAGUGGUUUUGGGAACCACACCUUGCGGCCAAAAAAUCCAAUAUUGCAACGGCAACUCGGUCUACACAAUUCCACUGGACACCCUCAACACCGCCGACAUUUACACCGAGCACGCGCAUCAGACGACCGUCGCGAAGACGUCGCCGACCGGUUUCUACUGUGCAUCCGGCGAUAUUCAAGGAAAUGUCCGAAUCUGGGACACGACUCAAUCUACUCACAUCUUGAAACACACCAUUCCAGUUUUCUCCGGUCCAGUGAAAGACAUCGCGUGGGAUGCCGAGAGCAAACGAAUCGCCGCUGUUGGAGAGGGAAGAGAACGAUUCGGACACGUCUUCCUGCUCGAUACGACGACUUCGAAUGGAAGUCUGACGGGACAGAGUCGGACGAUGAACUCUGUGGAUUUCAAGCCGACACGGCCUUUCAGAAUCGUCUCGGGAUCCGACGAUAACUCGGUGGCGAUUUUCGAGGGACCGCCGUUCAAGUUCAAGAGUACUUUCCACGAGCACACAAAAUUCGUCCAAACGACUCGUUACAAUUCGGACGGUUCGCUGUUCGCUUCAUGCGGAAGCGACGGAAAAGUGAUUCUCUACAACGGAGCCGACGGCGAGAAGGUCGGAGUUCUCGAAGACGUCAAAGGAGUCGCCCAUUCUGGGACAAUCUUUGGUCUCUCCUGGUCUCCAGACGGCGCCAGAAUCGCCACAGCGUCAGCUGACAAAUCUGUGAAAAUUUGGGAUGUUUCUUCGAAAAAACUCGAGAAAACCAUUGUGAUUGGCGCGAAAAUCGAAGACCAACAGCUUGGAAUCAUUUGGACAAAGAAGGCGUUGAUUUCAGUGUCGGCGAAUGGAUUCUUGAAUAUUCUGAAUCCGGAUGAAGGCGUCGUUGAGGACACUCGUCAAGGACACAAUAAGGGAAUCACGUCUCUCGCGAAGAGCUCCGAUGGUCAAAGGAUUUUCAGUUCCGAUGCUGAAGGACAUAUCACAUCCUGGGAAAUCUCCAGCGGUCAAUCAUCCCGCUCAUCUCCCCACUCGACAAUGAUCACUGUCGUCAAGCAAGCCGCAAACGGAGAUCUUUUCACUGUCAGCUGGGAUGACAACCUGAAAAUCACUCCCGCCUCCUCAGACUCCCCGAAAAUCUUCUCCCUUCCAUCCCAGCCGUGCUCGCUGGCUCUCGCUGAUGACGUGGCGAUUGUCGCGUGCUACAAACACGUGGCAGUCUGGUCUGAGGCAUCUGGAGCUCUCAAGGAGAACCCGAUCGAGUUUCAUUCGAAUUGUGUCGCCAUUUCUGCAGAUAAGAAGAUUGUGGCGGUGGGAGGAAAGGACGCGAAGGUUCAUGUGUACAAUUUCAAUGGAGAUGGAGCUCUGGAGCAGAUCAAGGUCAUCGAGCACGCCGCUGAAAUUACUUCGGUAGCAUUCUCGGAUAAUGGAGAGUUCCUGGUGGCGACGGAUCUUGGGCGGAAGGUAAUCCCCUAUUCCGUUGGUGCUGACUUCUCGGUAGCCUCCCCCAACUCAUGGACAUUCCACACGGCGAAAGUGACCAGCGUCGCCUGGUCCCCCGACAACACCCGCCUCGCCACUGGAUCCCUCGACAAUAGCGUCAUUGUCUGGGAUAUGACGAAGCCGGCGGAGCACCCGGUUAUCAUCAAAGGAGCCCACCCGAUGUCAUCUGUCAACGCUGUCAUCUGGCUCGACGAGAAGACUGUCGUGUCUGCUGGCCAGGAUUCGAACAUCAAGAUUUGGAAUGUGCCUGUCUAA